AUGGCGCCUACUACAACACCCCCAAGCGAGAGUGAGCGCCUGCGCGCAAAGUGCCAUGAGGCGCUGAAAGGAGCGAGUGAGACCGAACUGGAGAGGGAAGCGCUGCAAGUCGAGCUGCAGGCGUUGCGAGAUCGCGACCGCCUCAUGGAAGCCAAGGUUUACGCCGACCACGAUAAGGCGGACGAUGCGUUCUUGGCACUUGCGCAGAUGGAGUGCUUGGAGCUCUGCACCAAAGUUCACAACGCUUUUCCCCGCGAGAUUCGGGACGCCAUCUACAGCUACAUCACUGGUGAUAAAGACGUCUACAUCGCUUGCGGUGAUUACCCAGGCAGAACCUGGGAUUGUCACUCUCUGGCUUCGGCGUGUUGCAUCGCUGCAAACGUCAAAGCAGCUCGUUGGUGGAAGCCCGAGUACAUGGGGGCGCAGAUGGUACAAGAGAUCGGAGAGAACUACUAUCGCUCCUCUCACUUUAUAUUCGAAUCCACUAUCGCCCGCAUUGUUCCGUUCCGCGCCAUAGACCACCUGGACCUGGGCUUCGCACCGGUGGAUUUCAUUUCGAAUGUGGAGAUCAAGAUCAACUGCCGCAACUACAAGUUUAAGCAGAUUGGCCGCGAAGAUAGCUACAUUCCCGCGGACAUACAUUCAAGAGAUGCAGACUUUGAAUCGGGCUGGGUAACAGAACGUCACAGAGAAAGUCCAAAGCAGCUUUUGGUCGAGCUAGAGUUGCUAUUCGGUUUCAGACAUGGCACUGCGAUCACUAUCGAUCUUUUAUCGAAGCUUUGCGAGGACGCUACUCUACUUGAGCAGCAGGAGUGGAUGGCAUACACUGUCGUUCCGGUCAUCUUCCCAAUUCUCCAGCGACUCAAAGAUGUCGGCUGUCGAGCCCGCAUACUUCUCUCUGCUCAGAAGAGUAUGGAAGUGAACUCAUUCGCGUCUAAGUGGAACCCGAAAUCCCUUGAAGCCAUCACACAAGAUGUCCAGGAGUAUGUCAAAGUUGUACAGGACCGCCUGUCCAAAGCUGAGCUUGACAAGGAGGUGAACGUUGAGUCUGACGAAGAUCCGGAUCCUAGUACAGCGUCAAUAUGGGACGCCACUGCUUUCGCUGGGGAGGAGGUCACGUCUGACAAUGCCGACGAGGCAUAG